CUGGACUGUUGGCAGCUAAAACUUACCUAGAAUGACACCGGAACAAAAGCUGAUUAUUCCAGAGACCAGUCUGAUAAAAUACAAAGCUCCCGUACGUGUGACAGACAGGCUUGCUGGUCCACAUAAUCCACAAGCUAAUCAAAAAGAAGGUAGUAAAACGACAGUCAACCGUGUGAGAGCUCAGUCAUCGGGGGCCGAGAAAAAGGUUCCUACUUCCUUAGGUCCGACUGCUGGCUUUUUGGAUCCUCAAGGCAUUCGAACGGUGGAAUCUACAGAGGGAAUACUACGUAACAUCAUGCCGCCAAGACGCUACCAAAUUGGUGAAAGCCUGUACAUUCAAGAAGUUUCUUCAUGUCCCGCUUCCCGUAUGGAUGUUAUUCAGCUGACCCAAAUGUUGGAUCAACAGCUAGAUACCCGCGGAGCGAAAAUGACCGGAAUUUGUCCAGUUCGACGUGAACUGUUUUCACAAGUGUUUGAUGAACUAAUAAGACAACUCACCAUUCACUGUGCAGAAAGAGGUCUCUUGCUUCUGCGCGUACGAAACGAGGUUGCGACCACGCUAGCUGCCCUUCAGUCGAUCUACGCAUCGGGAGUAGUGUUUGGACUGCAGAAGUCUCUUGCUCGGGAAGCUGAUCGUAACCGGCAAACAGCGCGGAUCCAACAAUUGGAGCAAGAGAUUUCCCUUCUCCGUAAAAAGAUGCAAGUAGAAGCCUUGAACUGUCGGGCUUUGGAGGAGAAAGAAGCCAACCGUUUGGCUGCAGCAACCCGACGGGCUGAGGAUGAUGUGAACUUUUUGCGGAAGGGUCAUGACCAACUAAAAGCACAACUAGAAGAUAUUCUAAACCAAUUUAAACUCGUGUCUACCUAAAGAUGACGUACCUCUAUGGUACAUGAGACAACAGGAUGAAAAAAAUGAAUAAUUGAGAAUCACAACAUAAUGUCAAGACACUGAUUUGCUUUCUGCUUCUGAACUGUGUGAUUAGAACACGCCGAGCA